CGCCUUCGCCAGGUGCAUACUGUUCUGAAAGGCUCUAGGUGUGGAGCAUAUUGCAAUAAGAUUACUUGGAUACGAAGAUAUAGCUGGCGUCAAUCAACAUGCACAAUCAACAAAUAGUGCACAUUGAAAUACGACUUGACUCCCUUUACUGCCCAUUAUAUGACGACAUCUCUUUCAUGAACGUGAAUAGUUUAAAAUAAAUAUCGACUCCAGUCUCCUACGAAGAAGACACAAAUGUGGAAUUUCAACCUCUCCAAAUUGCGUCAGAUGAUGAAGGUCGGUUUAAGGAUACGAUGUACCCUGGCUGUGGCGGGAAUUAUCCCGUUGCUCACGCUGCCAGCCUCUGUUAUGACCUCGACAUCGACCUCUGAGUCCACCAGUACCAUAACAACCCCUUCGACGACGGAACCCCCAGACAUCUCCGGCGCGGUGAUGGUGACCUUGCACGAGGACACCCGUCUGGAGACGGACCUUGGUGCUGUCACCUGCUAUGACAAAUCUUUGGGUUCUGCACCAGACUCCAGGUGUCUGACGUGCAACAUCCUCUCUGUCAGUCCUGGCUUCCGGGGAUUUGCCAUGUGGAAAAGACAUGGGAAUCAAGAUUUCCACCUGUACUAUGUCCCGUACCUUCCCAACACUGGCCUCAGUCACACCUCAACGUCAUCGUACAGCGUCAUGGUCAUCUGCAACGGCCAGAAUCAGGUCAGCGGGACGUGGACGACGAGAGUAGACGUUUUACAAAACCAGCCGCCAGUUUUUACAGUCUACCCAACAGAUGCAAUUACUUUAGAAGCCAAUAGCACUGCAGCUCACACUACUGUAUACACAGCCACUGCCACAGAUGCUGAAAAUGACACACUGACUUACUCCAUGGAAGUGCUCCCCAACACAGGCAUAUUUGUUAUAAGAGCCAACGAUGGGACAAUAUCACCAUCACGUGACCUGACGACUGCGAACAUUUCCUUUGUUGUCGUUCAUGUUCUGGUGAGGGACGUUCGAAGUACCGUAGGACCAUUCAUCUUGAACGUAACACUGACCAAUCUCAAUUCAAAACCUACUUGUUCAAAUUUUCCUACAAGUCUCAAUAUUCGAGAAGACGCUCCACCGGGUCAACCUAUUAUGACCUUGACCUGCACUGACCCUGAUUCACACGACACCCUAGUGACAGAAAUGACGAUAAAUCCUCCGUCUGAAGCCUUGAAGUUUGAGUUGGAUUCCAACGGGAUGAACCUUAGCCUGGCACACGCGCCACCUGGAACUCAUCUUCUCGACGCCGAGUCCAUCGCUUCCUACAGGAUAUGUUUUCGAGUGACCGAUGGCUUCCUGGACCUGAGCGACCUCUGUGUCACCCUCACUGUCACCAACGUCAACGAAAACCCCAGUUGUGCCAGCAGCGCCUACUCCUGCGUGCUGUACGAGGUCAAGAGUAGUCUCACUUCGAAUUAUUGUAAUCUUGGCAACGUCAGAUUCGAGGACCCUGAAAACGACGUCAUAUCAAGAAUAUCCCUUCUGCCAUCCACAUACAGCAGUUACUUCUCUUGGGAAUCAGAUAGGUCAACGUUAACGUUAAGUGGACAUUACGACAUCGACGAUACGACAAAGUCAACCUCAUUGACCCUUGAACUUCUUGGUGAAGACUUUGCUGGUGGCUCGUCAACAUGCACGGUGGCUGUGACGGUGUUAGAUACCAACGACAACACCCCCGAGAGCGUCGGCACCUACAUCUACAGUGUGACUGCCGGCAUCACGCAGGUGCCUAGCGUACUAGGUACUAUCACCGCCGUUGAUAAAGACCUCACGUCGCCUAAUAACGUGGUGACCUUGAAAGUUAAGGGUAUGGCGCCCCCUGAAGGAAACAAUUACAUUCUCUUCCAUAACGGUGACAUUAUAUACUAUCGAUAUGCAGAUGUAUUUAUUGUGGGACAAACAAUAUUAUUAACAGUUGAAGCAAAAGACGGUGGUGUGCCUGCGAAAUCUACCGAUGUUUUUAUAUAUAUUAGCGUUAAUGCCGCGCCUUCACUUACAACACAAACAACGGAUACAACAACCCCGACAACGACUACGACACGCGUAACAUCUUCUCCAGGCGCUGGUCAGAGUCUGCUGUCUAGUGAGGCGGGGAUUACGGUGUUUGCUGCAGCCGUUGCUGUUGCCGUCCUUACUGUCAUGCUUGGGGCCUUCUUCCUUGUCCGAUACAUCUGCACCAGCUCAAUACCAGGCCACACAUCAACGGGGUAUUCACCGAACAUAAAUAACUUCGGCAAUUCAAGGGUGAGCCCUUACAACAGUGAACACCAACAACCAAGGCACCAUCAGUCCCAUCAACGUAACCUAAACUACGACAGCAGCUACAAAACUGACAGUAUUCAUUGGCAUUCGGAUGCCAACCAGCGUAGACCAUACUAGCAGCGUCGGAAUGCCUUACUUACAGACCUCUGAACCUGAGAACGUCAUACCAGAAGGCUCGCUUCAGAUAACAUGAUGUUGUAUAUGCAGCUCAAACGACGUCACACUGAAAGAACACGCAAUAUUCGACGGCUUGGCAAACACGAAACAUGACGCCAGGCUAAAAUAGAACACUCAAAGACGGCAGGCAAACAGGCAAAACACUGGACAGGUUAUAUCUUGCAGUUAACGCCAGAACGCCAGAAGAGUUACGGUUAGUACGGAGGACACAAUGAAGUCAUGAGGCAGGGAUCCGACGAGGAAGGGUACACAAUAUGGACAUGGGCGUCAGCUGUUCUGUGUAGAUUAUUCAUUCAAUACACAGGACAACAGAACUAAAAAAAUCUUUAGGAGAACGCGUUAAUAUCCAAGGAAUAUACCAGCUUAACGUCGUAUACAUAAACAUAUCGAGCAAGCUCUUUCUACGAAGAUUUCGAAGAGCUUCGUACCACUAUUGCUCAAAUUUGUUUCAUCAGGGUUACAUCAUUCAAGGCUAGACCAGAGCUUUCAAAAAGGUUUAUGGUAGACAUGCGAAAGCCAUUUCCAAAUUUGAAGCAUCAGUAUCCAAAAUGAUGUACAUAUGUUCCCAUGUUUUUCUUCAGGUGAACAAUUGCCUUUCCUUUGCAUGUGUUUGUGACGGUUUUACCGGUGGAGCAGGAUACGCUCAUCUUUUCGGUAAAACCUAGUAUCUUCAAAGUGAAUCGUAAACACAUGUUCAUGAUAUAGUCGGAAUCGUAAACACAUGUUCAUGAAAUAGUCGGAAUCGUAAACACAUGUUCAUGAAAUAGUCGGAAUCGUAAACACAUUUUCAUGAUAUA